CUUCAGCCCGCUGCCCACGCAAAGAUAGCCGACUUUUGGAGUGCGUUCGAGUCUGACAACAGCGGGUGGCUUGCUCCAUGCGGGAGCCUUGCCACCAUGAUCGCUACGCUGCGUGCAGCCAGACGCGCCAUGCCGCAUCUUGCGCCUGUCCGAGGCCUGCCUGACGCUGUCAGACUUCCUUAUCGCAGCACAUCACAUGUUUUGGCCGCGCCCGCAGAGGGCUCCGUAAUCCCAGCCGCUCGCUCAUGCCGCCGGAGUAUGGAGUGCAGCCUGUUUGCAGCAGCCUCGAUAGGUUCGUUGGUGAUGCAAGCAGGAACAAUCCCUACUUUGGUAUCCCGCCAGACCCGUCAGCGUGGAAUCAACAUCAUUGUGCAUUAUCAAAUCACAUCAGCCCUGGCCAUGUCGUGUCACGCUGCAACGAGCCGUGUGAAGAUCCCACUCGUCCUGUCGUCCAGCUUUGCAACACUUCCCAUUUCGGAAGGUUAUACAUCGUCUGCUACGUCGGAGUGCAGCGGGAAUUGUUUGAUCUGGUCGUUGGUCGCAUAUUGCCCCAGAUUGUUGACAUUCACGCCUGCAUGAGGGCCUUAUGCAUAUCCCCAGACUAUCCUUCUCUUGCCCCAAGCCGCAAGUCAGCUCUCGCGGGGAUAUUUUCUGUUUGUCGGGCUCCGGAGAAGUUACAGUGGAGUCUUCUUGGUUGCGCCGAGCUAUUGGAGUACUGAGUGGAUCCCUGGUAUGUACACCGCUUGGCUGGCCUGGCAGAAGGAUGAGAUAUUCCAAGGAAGCAGUCCAUGUGAAUGUGCAAUAAAUAGAUGCUCUCCAAACAUAUCAGGGAGAUCGUCGUGCCAUCUUAAAACUCAAAGGAAGAGCGCUCAGCAAGUUGAACGCACUAUUGAGAAGACUAACAUGCGUACUGGACAGAAUAUUGCGACCACUCGA